GAGAGAAUGUGUUGCUAGUGCCAGCGUGACACUCAUAAGACCAUGGACUUUGUAUGUUCGAAUCAAGUAUCGUCUUUGGAUCUCGCAGACGUCUUCACCCUCCCAUGUUCACCCUCUGCAUGCACUCCCGUCUCUCCCACGAAUUGGCAAAAAGAAAAGGAAAGGACAAAAGAAAAAGCGAACGAAACGACCUUCCGGCUAGUAUGAAUGUGUUGCUGUAUCUCUGGCUAGUAGUACUGGUACUCCAUUGGCUCCUCAUGUCUCUGGAGCCUCUUCCAUUGUAGCUCAAGAAGGUGGUUCACCCUCUGUUGGCGGCGGCCCUCUAUGUCAUACGCAUGCUGGAGCCACACGCAGCAUGCGCAGCGGCUGAACAAGUGCUCCCGAAGCAGCGCCGUGUAGCCGUUGCGAAUCCAAUCCCUGCGGUUGGAGAUUUUCUUGUAGGCGGCCAACACGUUUUCCACGUCACGCUGAGGCGUGCGGGCGAGGAUCGUGUUGGCCCUGUGCCAGGCGUUGUCUGCAUCCUUGACGUCCUGGAUCAUGCCCAGGGCCUUCUCCAGGCCGCGAAGGUUGCAUUCGACGGGGAAGUCUCUGUCGUCGUCUAUGCCGCGGACCAGCUUCAAGACCAGGUUGCCGCCGCUCGGGCCCCACUUGGCGACGAGCUCUGCACGGAGCUGUGUCAGGGAGAGGCGCGUCGCGCAAUAAUGGGGGAGGUGAGGAUCAACGUUGGCGCACACGUUGAGUCGGUCGUCGUCUUCCACGCCUGCGUUGGUCUCGGCAUAUUCGCACCCUGCGUUGAGAAGGCGUCCGCAGCGAGAGACACACCGUACAAAAGCCAUAACAGUGACACUGUUUAUCCUACCUUCGGUGGGAUAGCUCCCGCAAUGGUACACUGGGCCGACGAGCGUCGCAUUCUCAGUGUGGGCCUUGAAAGCUGCAACGCAAAUUGCAUGCAGCACAUCAAGCGCUGAAUGCGCCGACGCAAUGCCACGUGUUUUCGUCCACUUACAGGCUUCCUUAUUGCGGCUGUAGAGCGCAUUUGUCGAGGAAUACGCGGAGGAGAUGGUGCUGAUGCAUCCUGCAGAAAGGAAUGCAUCCCACACGUGCAUGCAAACGCCUGAAUCAUGAUGCAUCUGCAUUCCGAGGUUCGUGCUGCCUUCAGCUCACCCUGCAGCAUGCAGAUAAUGCUGAUGAUGAAAAGCAAAGGGAGGUGCGCCAUCGCCGCGUGUCUUAAUAGCCGCGUGUUCGUGAAG